CCGACUCCAAACACUGUGAGAGGGAGAAAACCAGAGGUCACUGAUAAGAGAAAGGAAAAAAAGAGGCCGCCGGCAUAUCUGAGAGGCUCAACAGACAGACAAAUCAGAGAAGAGUCAAGGAGAGAGGAGACAGCGCCACCAGCACUGAAGAAAGCUGCCUGGAGGACGCCACGUGUGUGUGUGCAUAUGUAUGUUGAGACAGGCAUAGGUAGAUUCCAGGGAUAUUUGUGAGACUGACAGAGGACCAAAGCACAUCAUGGAUCCCUCGACUCCAUCAGAGGGCCCCGUGGAACCCAAAGAAAGGAGGAAAAUCCAGUUCGCCGUCCCGCCAACAGAACCGACUCAGCUGGACCCUCGGCAGGUUGAGAUGAUUCGACGACGAAGACCCACACCUGCCACUUUGUUCAAGGUAGCAGACCAAACAUCUCCUGAGGAUGACAUCUCCACCCAUCAGUGGGUUGUAGGAGAAAAUGGUGUCCUCAAGCCAAAACGAAUCAACCCAAAUAUCUACCAGCCACCAUCAUUAAAAGCCGUGCAGCAGAUGGCUGAAGCUCACAUGCAGAAAUUAGGUGUGUAUCCUCAAGUAGAGGAGGAAGGGGAGGAGCCUAUUCAGAGAGGGGGGGAGGAGAUUUCCUCAUCCUGCACACCUGAUUCACAGGAGCAAAGGGACAUGGCAGAACACCAGCCCGGCAUGAGAAAGGCAGGAGCCACAGCACCAACUGAUGAAGAGGAGGAGGAGGAAGUAGAAGCAGACAAUAUGGCAAAGGAUGAGUGCAGAAAUGUGGACUGAUAAAGUUUGAGGAACUUUAGAGAUUUUUUUUUCAUAAUGCAGAACCUUGUUUGGAUAUCAGAAUUAUUGUUUAUUGAUAACUGGCUGUCAAUAAUUCCAUCACUUGAUAAAAAACGGCUGUCUGUUUGUAUUCAGAGACAAAAAGAGACUUAAAAAAAAAACUCUGAAAGACUGGAAUUUUGGAGUGGUCAAACAACCUCAAACAAUUCAUUCGCCCCGACAUUGCCAUGAAAUAGAAAUGCAUAAGGUUAAAUCCAUCAGCAGUCAUCUAAUAUCAUCCCUGCAUUUCAUACAUUCGAACAAAAAGCUAAAGUACAAAUGUUUAGUUCUAUGAGCAGCGCAGUAUGAAUGUGAAGUGUUGAGAAAUGUGUUCAUAUCAUGUCAUGUCAUGUUUUGUGUGUGUGUGUGUGUGUGUGUGUGUGUGUGUUUGAGUUGCUGUAUGUUUUGUUAUCGGUGUGUUUCUUUGGGCCUACACUGCCAUCUGGAGUACAGAGAAUUGUUAUACCGAAUCCCAUGAAAUCAUUUGCCAAAAACAAUAAUCCCAGAGCACAUGGAAAGGCUCAAUAUCUAAGUAUUUAGCAGCAUUAUUAUUUGUUAAACCAUUGCCAACACU